AUGUCAGAUGAGCACCUCGCUCGUCAGACAGCCUCGAGCUUCGAUAGGCUCGAAAACUUCAACUUCCUCCUCUCUCGACACGAUCCUAACCUAGCUAAAAGUCGACACUAUUCCUUUGACGCAGAUUCCACCGGCCUGGCUGCCUUUUCGAAUCUGAACAUGGAUUACGAUCAGACGGAAGGGAUGGGCGGGCUCUCCGUCAGUUCCUACGAUAGCAUCGAGGAUGAACGCAGCCCGAUCGAUGUGCGAGGAUACCCGUAUCAUGGUAAGUCUAAGAUUUAUGACUCUCAUCGCUGCAUUCCUAUUGACCGCUCUAUACCAGAUCAAAUGCUGUCCUACUCAGCUCAUCCUAUCUAUCCACCUAUUUCAUAUGGACCCCCUGAUGAUCUGGGGCCCGGGGGUGCUAUGACACCCUCGGAUGUCUCCUCUUCGAUAUCACCCCCAAACGGCCACAUCAACCACAGCAAGUACAGCACGCAAAUUCCUGGCGACCACCUUGCCUCCGCCCUUGGUCAGGAAGAGUCCGUCCGCCGUGCUGCCGAAGAAGACCGGCGCCGCCGAAACACGGCUGCCAGUGCCAGGUUUCGCAUGAAGAAGAAACAACGCGAACAGACUCUCGAACGUACAGUGCGCGAGACUACUGAGAAGAACGCCACCCUUGAGGCGCGCGUGGCACAGCUCGAAAUGGAGAACCGAUGGUUGAAGAAUCUCUUGACCGAGAAACAUGAAGCCAGCUCUACCCGACUGGCUCCCCCGAGUGACAGCACAGCCUUGACGUCCCAAGGUACCAACGCUACUGGACCGGGACAAAAACAUAUCCAGCCAAAAAAGAAGGGUGUCGGCACCGACAACUGA